GUUUUGAAUAGCAGCUUGUAACUAACCCAAAAUGUAUUAAUGAACAAUAGAGACUAGCCUUAACAAACCUUGUUGAUGUUGUCCACAAGUGUCUGCAUCUCUACCAAAAUUGCGCUCUCAUAGGAACGCAUACUUGUAUAAAAAGGAAAAGAGAAAGAAAAGAAAGAUUGUUUUUUUUUUUGUUUCAUUCAUCAUUAAUCAUGGCAGCUGUUGCAGAACCAUUGACCAUGUUCAUUGUGGUCCGAAAGGAUCUGGUAAAGAAACUUCAAUGGCCUACUGGAAGUGUAAUGACGCAAGCAUGUCAUGCUGCUACUGCUGUUUUGCAUAUCACUCGUGAGGACGAAAACACAAAGGAAUAUCUCGCCAGUUUAGAUUAUAUGCAUAAAGUGGUUUUAGAAACGAAAAAUGAAGGAUCUUUAGAAAAAUUAGCAGAAGCUUUAACUACACACAACAUACCUUUCAAGAAAUGGAUUGAGCAACCCGAAAACAUACCUACCGCUCUCGCCACAGCACCUUUGAGAUCAAGAAGUCCUGAAGUACUUGAAGCCUUCAAGAAGUGUUGCUCUUUAUAUAAAUAGUCACUGUUUUCAAUCUCAGUUGACAUCUUACAUCAAAUAAAAA